AUGAAUUUCUAUUCAAGUAGUAAACGUUUUAUAUUCACUAUUGUCAUUUUAUAUAGUUUCAUUGGACAUAUCACGCUGACAUCCACAACCGACAAACCUAAACGAUCUGACGAGAAGGACAACAUAGAAACAAUACAAGCAGAACCUGCUGCACCUGAAGCACAGAUUCAUUUACAUGUUGAUGAUAAUACACAGCAAAGAAAUCAGGAGACGCCGACUGAGAGCAAACCCGCCAAAGAUUCCGAUGAUGAUGUUGAAGAAUUGAAUAAAUCAUUACAAGAUUUAAUUAUUGAAUAUCGUAUUCAAGAACAACAGAAAAACGCUGCAGUGAAUCAAGAGAAUGAUCAAGAGGAAGAGGAGGAGGAGGAGGACGACGACGAUGUAAAUCUUCAACGUAUUUUAAAACAAAUUGGGGUUAGUAUACAUAAUAAAUAUCAUCAAAAACGUCCACUUGACCAAUCGUCAACAAAAUUAUCUGAAACAAUUCAACAAUUGUAUCAAAUGUUAAAGAAAACUCAACCGCAACUGUUUACUAAAACAUUCGUGAAUCCGCCCGGUGCAAAUACAAAUACAGAUGAAGGUAAUGAAGAAGUCGAAAGUGAAAUAGCUGAAGAAGAAAAAGUGGAAGAUGAACAAGAAGAACCGGCUGUUCCACUGACACCUGAAAUGGAACAUGCGAAUACAAUUUAUAAUCAAGCAAUGAAGUUGAUCAAUGGAACGGGCAAUCGACCAUAUGACACAGCGUAUAAGUUGUUGAAACAAGCAGCUGACUUGGGUCAUAUCGGAGCAAAAGAAGAAUUGGCGUUCGCUCAUCUGAUUGGAUUACAUUUACCAAUGAAUUUUAAUCAAGCAAGAAAAUAUUAUGAAGAAGGUGCACGAAUGGGUUCAGCUCAGUCUCAUUUUGGUCUCUACUUUCUAAACAGUGCUGGACUUAUUCCAGAUGCAAACAUUCCAAGGGCACUCGUUCAUUUAACAUUCGCUGCUAUGGAUGGACAUCAUCCGGCGCAAAUGGCUCUCGGUUAUCGAUAUUGGCGUACGGUUUCCGUCGCUCAUAAUUGUGAAUCAGCCCUGAUGUUUUACAAACAAGUUGCUACUUACGUUUCUUCGAAGAUCACAUCGGCCAGUGGACAACUGAUUCAACGUAUUCGUUUGUACGAUGAAGAAGAGCAUCCGACACAGAAUAAUAUCAUGGUCGAUGAAGAUCUUGUCCAAUAUUAUCAAUUAUUAGCCGAUCGAGGCGAUGCACAAGCACAAUAUGGCCUCGGUCAAUUAUACUAUCUCCGUGACACUGCGUAUGAUAAAGCACUCUAUUACUUUCGUUUGGCUGCAGAAAAUGGCAAUUCGAAUGCGAUGGCCUAUUUAGGAAAGUUAUAUUCAGAGAAAAACGAUUUUAUUAAGCAAAAUAACCAAACUGCUCUUCAAUUCUUUCAACGUUCAGCAGAAAAAGGCAAUCCCAUGGGCCAAGCUGGCAUCGGCACAGCAUUUUACUACGGCGCUAGUGUAGAGCAAAGUUAUGAGAAAGCGUUCAAAUAUUUUCAAUUAUCAGCUGAUCAAGGUUAUGUCGAAGGACAACUAAUGAUUGGCGUCAUGUAUUACAAAGGCGAAGGUGUUAAACGUGAUUACAAAAUGGCAUUGAAAUGGUUUCAAGCAGCAUCACAAUCAGGACAUGCCCUAGGCUAUUACAAUCUUGGACAAAUGCAUGCAACAGGUACGGGUGUUUUACGAUCGUGUGCAACGGCUGUGGAACUGUUCAAAAACGUUGCCGAACGCGGCAAGUGGUCAAGCAUGUUUAUUGAAGCAUACAAUCUUUAUCGACAAGGUCAUGUUGAACAAGCAUUCAUGAAAUAUCUGUAUCUGGCGGAGCUUGGCUAUGAAGUGGCUCAAUCGAAUGUUGCAUAUCUACUAGAUCAAAUGCCCAAUCAACUAAUGAAUAUUUAUCAUAAGACAGACGAACGAUAUCGACGAGCUUUAAUUUAUUGGAAUCGUGCUGCAAAUCAAGGUUUCCACUCAGCGCGUGUGAAACUGGGAGAUUAUUUCUAUUAUGGUUUUGGUACCGAACAGAGUUACGAAACGGCCGCUACACACUAUAAAUACGCAAGUGAUCAAAGUCAAAAUCCUCAAGCAAUGUUCAAUCUAGCGUAUAUGCACGAGAAAGGUUUAGGUUUAAAAAAGGAUAUACAUUUAGCAAAACGUUUUUAUGAUAUGGCUGCGGAGACCAGUGUCGAAGCUCACUUGCCUGUUAAUAUUGUUUUGUUUAAACUUCAUUUCCAAUUACUAUGGGAAAAAAUAUAUGCAAAAUUCUUUUUGUCUUCGUCGGACUCAACCACAACAGAUGCUCAAAGUAGUACAUCAUCGUCUACACCAUUACAACCACCGCCCAUCGUCACUGCUGAUGAAGAUCAUCAUUCGAGCUCGACAACAUCAAUCGAACUUGAUUCAUCGUGGGAUUUGUAUUUAAUGGUACUUUUGCUUGGUCUCAUAGGUGCUUUGUACACAAUGCGUCGGCAACGAGCUGCCUUAUUACAACAACAGCAGCAGCAGCAACAAGGUCAAGCUCCAUUGCAAUGA